AUGCAUCCGGCAAGGUUUGACUUUUUUGUCAGGUCUAGUUUUAACCUUAGGGAAGGAGCUUGCUUGGAGUUGGGAAAGGGAAAGCUCAGCUGGGUCCUCUGGACAAAUUUGGCAAUUUCUAUUGCAAUACUGAGAGUUGUGCAAGCUCCAUCUUGGUCAGCAACUCUGCUAGAAAAUUUUCAUUCUGGAAGGGUUAAACCAAGUCUCGAGUACGGCAUGGCGACCACAACUAUUUGAAUUUUAAUUUAUAUUUAUGAAGGAUUAAAGAAAAAAUUAUCGAUUCAGCAUUAA